CUCUAGAAAAUUCAAACGCAUUUCAACUUAUAUAAAAUUAUUUUUAAGUGAUAAGUGUUAAAUCUCAAAAUGUCAGAAAGUAAAAAUGAUAAAGCAAAAAUCGAUCUAGGGUUAUUAGAGGAAGAUGAUGAAUUUGAAGAGUUCCCUGCAGAAGAUUGGACUGCAGUUGAUGAAGACAAUGAAGAUAUUAGUGUUUGGGAAGACAACUGGGAUGAUGAUGAUGUAGAAGAUGACUUUAAUCAGCAAUUGCGAGCACAAUUAGAAAAACAAACGGCUCAAGACAAAGGAAAAGAAUCUUAACUAAAUUAUAAAU